CAAAGGGAAACUCUCUGCAUGUUUUGCGCAUGUUUUGCGUAGAGUAACAGGUACGGUAAGCACCUGGGUACGAGGUCCUAUCUAUGUAGAGAAAAGCUUCUCCUCCUCCUCCUCUUCCCCUAAGCCUUAACCGCGUGGGCUCUACUCUGCUUUACUCUACCCAACUCUACUUUACUCUACCUACUCAACUCUACUCCAUAGCAGACGUGUGUUUCUAUGGCCCGUACGCACUGUAACACUCAUUCGACUCCACAGCCUACUCCUGCUCCUCGAUAGAUACCACAGCCCAACUUUGCAACUCGAUUAACUACCUAUUUACCUACUGCAUCCGUUACUCCGACACGGCCCAAACGGCAACGACGAAUGACCGCGUACCCGCACGCACGUGCGAUGCCUUCUUCACCGCUGGACAGCAAUGGCGGAGUGCUGAUGGUGGACACAUCGGCGGCAGCGGCGGCCGCAACGCGCCCACGGUCGGGAACGCUGGCCACGAUCCAGACAAUCCCGGAGGGCGACAUCCUGACGUCGCCGAUAUCGGGGCACCGGCCGUCGAGCCAGUUCCGGCUGCGCAGAGCGCCCACCGCGUCAAAGGAGUACCAGAUACUGUCGGCCGGGCUCGAGCCGGGGCUGAACCCAGAUAGCGACGGGCUCGCGGACGAUCUCACAAGCUCCCUCCACACCGACUGCCAGAUCACUGUGGUCGAGUACAAUGAGGACCGCAUCUCCCAGUACGAGCUGUGGAACGAUGGGCUGAAGGAAUUCUUGGAUAAGCCGAGACCCGAUUGGGCGAAGGUACGAUGGAUCAACUGCAACGGAUUGUCGUGGGAUGUUGUCAAGCAGCUCGCGCGACACUACAACUUUCAUUCCCUAGCCCUCGAGGAUCUGCUGUCCAAACACGACAGCAACAGACCCAAGUGUGACUGGUAUUCCGACCAUGCCUUUAUUAUCCUGCCACUCCUGAAACUUCUCGAUGGCGAUUGUUCGGAUUUCAGGAACCACGACCACUACAAGAAACAACCGUUCUGGGAGCGCAUGUUUUCACGGGGCUGCCAGGCGAGCGACGACGACCCGGAGAAGAACAUGCUGGACGAGAGUUCAUUGCGCAACAAAGUCCGGACGCUACAGUCCUCCUUCGGAGGCCCCAACGCCGAGCGGAUAGCCUACAUGGAAUCGCACGGAUCCCUCCAACCGCUCGAGAAGAUCGUGCACGUCGAGCAAGUAUCCGUGUUCUUGACCGAGGACGGCACGGUGGUCUCGUUCUUUGAGAUUUCGGGCGACGACAUUGAGCCUCCCAUCCUCUCGCGACUGUACUCGGAGAACACACUGCUGCGCACCUCGAGCGAUCCCAGCAUGAUGAUGCAGGCGCUGAUCGACGGCAUCGUCGACCUCUCCUUCCCCGUCGUGUCGGCGUAUCAGGACAUCAUCGCCGAGCUGGAGAUGACCGUCCUCACGGAUCCUUCGAUUAAGCAAUCUCAGGACCUUUACAUCCUGACGAGCGAGCUGUCGCUGCUCAAGCGGAAUAUUGCGCCCAUCGCGGCAGUGAUCACCUCGCUGAGGGACCACAAGAAGGGCAUCAUGUCGAAGAUCAAAGGGAGCACCGGUAUCGAAGUCAGUGAUAUGACCAGGGUUUAUCUAGGAGACGUGCUGGAUCACGUUCUGCUGAUUCUCGAGAACCUCGAAACGAUGAAGCGGGCAGCCGACAACAUGAUCGAUCUGAUCUUCAACACGAUCAGCAGUCUGCAGAACGAGAGCAUGAAGCAACUCACCACAAUCACCAUCGUCUUCCUACCGAUAACCUUCUUGGCCGGCUACUUUGGCAUGAACUUUGAAGUGUUCCCGGGCGUGCAAGGACAGUCGGACGAGUACUUUUGGAAGAUUGCCGCGCCGGUCAUGGCAAUCACGCUCAUGUACUGUCUUCGAGAAGUAGUUGGACGCCAGAUCAUCAAAAAGUUUCAGCGCAGGUCGUUAUCCGUUGCCAGGAAGAAGAGGAGGGAUAAGCUGGACUAGGCGGUUGGAGGGUGGUGGUGAUGGGGGGAGGGAGGUGGAGUUUUUGGGAUGGAGUUUGCAUAGCAUAGCACUUGAUGGGCGCGAGGACGGGAAUACUUAUGUUGUAACUUGUUAUACCUACAGCCGGAUGCGGAUGGGGAUGGAGUUGUAAUACGUGGAUAGGUGGAUAAGGCGAUAAGUGGAUAUCAUUGCGAGUAUUUGGGCACCUACUUUAUGAGAUACUAGAUAGCAUAGCAUACUUGGUACUUGGCUAUAUAAAACCAUAUUUUGAUUU